AGCUCUUGAGGGAACUCUUCGUCUUCGAUCAUCGGAAAAGGCUCACCGCAGAGGAAGCGAAGGACCACGACUACUUCGCUCAGAUAAGACAAGGCCAUAGUCAUUUUAACAGACAGGCUGGAUGCUCGAAUGAAGGGGCCGGAGCCCAAGUGGAAGCAGCUGCUGCGAACAUGGAGCAAGAGAAUUUGGGAGACAUCAUCCUCAAGAGUCCCGAAGCCAACCGUCAUAAACGAGCGCGAGAUGACGCCGAUAGCGAUGAGCACCAAGGCCCGCCACCGGUUUUGAGUCCAUUCAAAGCCUUCGAGGCACCGGCCGGAAAAUCGGGGGAGCUCUUUCCGGAUCUCAUAGAAGUAGCGCCUAUCCCCGAAGAUAUGGCCUCGAUGAAUAGAUGCAGCAGUCCAAAUCAAGCGGGACCGAGCCAUCGCGAAGAGGAAAUUGAGGUCGUUCCGCAGGAUGUCUUGAUGGACUCGUCCUUCGAAGACGACAACACCUGGGAUUACUUCGAAACUAGCGCAGAAGACGAGGAUAAUACCGACGAUGCUGUCGAAAUGGCUGAGGUUGGAGAUAUUUUGGAAGAGUCUUCAAUCGAGGACGGCGAGAUGAAUGCUGAUGCAGAUCAGCGACCGCCGGCAGAGAACGAUCCCGGGAAUAUUGAGCUCAAUGAGUGAUCUCAAGGGCUGGAAUCCGAAUUUUCGCGAUAUUGAAUUCACCACACGCUCUGACCAUUGAUUCUACAGGGGCCUCUUCUCAUCGCCGAAUGAGUUCCUGACGCAGAAGAAUAAUUAUGGAGUAGAUCAUUGAUACCCACGAACGCUCCUUCCGAGAAAAUUAUACAUUAAAUGACUGAUUUAUGAUCUCCAAGAUCCAAUGGACUGAAUGAUGAAAAUAUACAUCAUUCUCGGAGAACAAUAAUAAUAAAUGAUUAUGUCAUCUAAUCCUGGAUGACGCGAAGCA